CUAGGUAGAGGUUUCGCACUGAGUGAGUUCUUUGUUCCGUCUCCGCGUCUUUUGUUGCUGUAUCAAAGACGUUUGCACUGAUCUCAACAUUCCUCGACGACUUCAGAGCAGUAGUGUGUGAUUCUUCCGUCAGCACGCUCUUUACCGAAGGACUGGUGUCCAAGGGAUACUCAAGAGUUCCAUUGUAACCUAUGUGCAAGUCAACAAAAUGAACUCAGACAGCAGUUAUGAGAAGAUCAAACUAAGUUUUCUCUCUGUUAAUCAGGAACAAGGAGACUCCCUCACAUAUCUUAAAGGUAUUGAGGAUUGUGUGGGGCUCUAUCGCCAUGAUGAAAUAAGGGUGAAAGAAGAGUUCACGUGGACAAUUGGACCCUUCGAAGACACCAUCUUUAAAGAUAACAGAAAGAUAUUGGAGAACUGGCAGAUGCGGUACCUCCCUGAUCACAUGAUGAUGCAGGUGUUAGGAACCAUCAAAAAUAACAGCUGUGAACUAGGGUGCCUUCAAGUAGUCCUCAUGGUUUGUGAAGACAUGAAGCUCUACGCUUAUCGUGAAAUGGAGAUGCACCUGGUGGCAGACAACCUACAGGAGCUGUUUGAUGAAGGGAUCUCUUUCCCUGGAAAGAAAAUGUUUUAUCAUGGCCAACGUUUUGAUAAGAUGACAGAGGCGGACUUGAAAGCCGCGAAGAAGUCUGAUGCAAGGAAGACACUAAAUGAAAAACACAAGAAACUGCUGGAGUCACUGCUUCCUGAAUUUAAGGCAUCGAUGGCAGCUUUCAAACGUAAAGAAUCUGAAAUUGCACCUGCUGAAGGAAGAGCAAAGGGCCAAAGCCCAGGUGCGGAAUCAACAAAGAGAACUCUCCGAAGAAGUACAAGGAAGUUACCACUGGCCAGCAAGUCCCGGGAUCUUAAGAGGCAAAAGCCAAGUGCACCCCACCAGGGACGUGCACAGGGGGGGCGUAAGGUUGCAACUGCCCGUAUGCCCUGCUCGACUCAAGAAAAGGCAAAAAGGGAAAAAAGAAAGUAUCAGGAGAGAGAUAAGCAGCUAAAGGAGGCAGGAAAGGGGUGCACACCUUUGUAUGAUUAUUUUCCAAAAAAAAAAAAGCUAAGCAGCAGGUGAGACAGAGACAUUGCAUUGUGAUAAAGAUGACAAUGUGUAACAGGCUCAUAUUUUCAGACUAAUAUUUGAAGCCUACUAAUGGAAAUAUAUUAUAAUUACAUUACAUUUAAGAUGAGGAGCCACCACAAGCCUCCGGAACCAGAAAAACAUGUGGACCAGGAACAACAUAGAACAGGUGGACCUAAGUGCUAAUCAGCAAAUAUGAGAUGAAAGGACAAUGCUAGAAAGUGCAGGGAUAAAGAGCCAUAUGCUAAAUUGUAAUGCUAAUACAAUUGCUACAAUUGCUAAUACAAUGCUAAUUGUAAUCUUAAAAAAAAGUAUACGCUAUUUUAGAGAUUCUUUCAAAGACCUUGCCUGAACAAAACAUAAAUAACAUACCACUGCUUCUAGUGGGCCUUAUAAUAGUAAUGAUAAUGGUAAUAACAAUAAUAUAUUGUAGCGUAGCUCGGAUUCCGCUACACGGACUGGUGUUGUUGUUAUGCCGCGGUGUAUUGUGGGAGUACUACACCGCAGCUGUUAGCUUAGCCACAGUGCUAUCUGUUGUGUAUGUCCCAUUGUUGUGUGUGUGGUUGAUGUAGAA